GUGCAGCUGUACAUAAGAGCACUUUAUUGUGUUCUCACCUGACAGUUGUUGCAGCUGUGACGUUGAGCAGACAUCAGACACACACCGGCGCAAACAAUGCCGCAGGUCCGCAAUCCCAUCCUCCCGGGCUUCAACCCGGACCCGUCCAUCCUCCGGGUCGGCGACGACUACUACAUCGCGACGUCGACUUUUGAGUGGUACCCCGGCGUCCAGAUCCACCACUCGCGCGACCUCGCCAACUGGGACCUGGUCGUCCGCCCGCUGAACCGCAAGAGCCAGCUGGACAUGCGCGGCGACCCGGACAGCUGCGGCGUCUGGGCGCCGUGCCUGACCCACGACGGCGACCGGUUCUGGCUUGUCUACACCGACGUCAAGCGCAAGGACGGCGCCUUCAAGGACGCCCACAACUACAUUGUCAGCGCGCCCGCCAUCGAGGGUCCGUGGUCGGAGCCGUUCUACAUCAACUCGUCCGGCUUCGACCCGUCGCUGUUCCACGACGACGACGGCCGCAAGUGGUUCGUUAACAUGCUCUGGGACCACCGCCGCCGGCCCCAGGUGUUUGCCGGCAUCGCCCUGCAGGAGUUCGACCCCAAGGCCGGCAAGCUCGUCGGCCCGCGCAAGAACAUCUUCCCGGGCACCGAGCUGGGCCUCGUCGAGGGCCCGCACCUGUACAAGCGCAACGGGUGGUACUACCUGCUGACGGCCGAGGGCGGCACGGGGUACGAGCACGCCGUCACCUUUUGCCGGUCGCGCGACAUCUGGGGGCCGUACGAGACGCACCCCCAGAAGCACAUCCUGUCGUCCAAGGACCACCCCCACGCGGCGCUGCAGCGCGCCGGCCACGGCGACAUCGUGGAUACACCCGACGGGAAAACCUAUCUGGUCCAUCUCACCGGCCGGCCCGUCACCCAGCUCCGCCGCUGCGUGCUCGGCCGCGAGACCGCCAUCCAGGAAUGCUACUGGGCCGACGACGGCUGGCUGUACGUCAAGAACGGCCCCGUGCCGAGCCUGUUUGUCGACCUGCCGGCGGCGCGCGACGACGACAAGUACUGGGCCGAGCAGCGGUAUACGUUUGAGGCCGGGCUGCUGCACAAGGAUUUCCAGUGGCUGCGCACGCCCGAGCCAGAGCGCAUUUUCCGAACGGAAAACGGUAAACUGACGCUGGUCGGGCGCGAGAGCGUCGGGUCGUGGUUCGAGCAGUCGCUCGUCGCGCGGCGGCAGACGCAUUUCUCGUAUGACGCCGAAACCGUCAUUGACUUCUCGCCGACCGACGAGCGCCAGUUUGCCGGGCUAACGGCCUACUACUGCCGCUACAACUUUUUCUACCUGGCCGUCUCGGCGCACUCGGACGGCCAGCGCGAGCUGCUCAUCCUGGCGUCCGAGGCGACCUGGCCGCUCGGCACGCUGCGCGUGCCGUUGUUGGAGGGGGUGCCGAUCCCGAACGAGGGCAAGGUCCGGCUGGCGCUGUCGAUUCGGGGCGGCAGGGAGCUGCAAUUCUACUAUGCGCUCGAGGGCGAGACAGAGCUCAAGAAGAUCGGCCCCGUCCUGGACGCGAGCAUCGUGUCGGACGAGUGCGGCGGCCACCAGCAGCACGGCAGCUUCACGGGGGCGUUUGUCGGCGUUGCCGCGUCGGAUCUCAACGGGACGGCCGCCGAGGCCAGCUUUGACUAUUUUGUCUACCGGCCGGCGAAGCACGAAAGCGACCGGUACGAGAUUUGAGGGUGGAAUUGGGGCGUGUAAUUAGACAGGCUCUAGUUGCUCGCAAUAAUGAACCAGAUAAUGUGUCCAUAGUGCCUCAGUCUGAUCAGCCUUCGGGUGGGGAUGACGACCUGGGUAUCUUCGGUGUAAGAGCCAUAGACAAUUGGGCACCUACCAAAUUUGUGAAUGAGAACUUUCGAGAGU